AUGGUGAAAAAUUAUAAAAGAAAGACAGAGAGGGGGAAUUGGAGUGAACAGUGUAUGAAAAAUACAGUAGAUGUUGUAAGUGAAGAAAAAAUGGGGUACAAAUUAGCGGCGAAAACAUUUUCUGUGCCACAAACAACCCUCGAAAGAAAAGUUAAAAAAGCUCGUGCAGCCCCAGAAGAUCCUGCUGCUCCUACAACUUUAGUGAAAGUUCCUUUAGGCCAAAAAAGCGAACAUUUUCUGAUGAUGAAGAGAAAGAACUUUGCAAUUAUAUAA